CUUCCGUUAAUUAUCGCUAACUUUCUCUCCAUUGCUAAUAUGCUACAAACUCUCUUUUUCUCUCCUUUCUUUUAUCUUUCAUCUCUCUCUCCAUGUCGAUAUAAUUACCGGGGCAGUUGAGCAAAGGGUGAACAUUGAUAUAUUGAAGUAAAAAAGCAAAAAAAAAAAAAGAUAGAGGAAAAGAGAGGGCCUUUCCAGUGCCCUCUUCUGUAUAUAUGCCUCGCCUCUGAUCUUGAGUUCAAAUAAGUUUUCGUCCGGGUCUACCUCUCUUGGUAAUUUCAUGAGCAUAGAUUCCUUGAAUUAUUGCAUCGGUUUUCCUUGAUUAUUUCAUGACUUUCAUCUCAAUGAUGAAAUUAUGUUGAUCCUUAUGCGACUCAUGAUCACGAUCUUUUGAUUUUUUAUUUGUAGGAGGUCGAAUGAUAUUGUUCUUGUUCUUGAUUAGUUGAUCGCAUGUUUUGUUUUGCCAGAUUGAUUACGAAAUUCAGGAUUUGGUUGUUUAUGUUGGUUUUUAUGCUUUUAUGGUUGCAUAAUUCGGAGUAUGCGUUUUGGCAUUUUUUAUAAUAAAUUUAUAAUUGCUUGAUUGAUGGAUGGUUAUACGUAGAGGUUAAGGUAGAUCCUAUGAGUACUGGUUUGUAAUCAAUUUUGUCAUUUACUUCUUAAUUGUUUGGAUCUAUUGUUAUACCCUUUUUUGCUAUAAAGUGAUUUUGAUUAUGUGCGAUGUGAGGGAUGUUUCACUCAGUGAAUUUGAUAUGUUUGGAACUUUUGUUUAUCAAUUUCCAUAGUCAUAGGAGAUCAUUAUAACUGGUUUGUGCAGAUCUCAAAUGGAACCUGGUAAAGUAUUUGUUGGUGGGAUUUCUUGGGACACCAAUGAAGAUGGUCUCAGAGAGUAUUUUCAAACAUUUGGUGAAAUAGUCGAGGCAGUGAUCAUGAAAGAUCGGACCACUGGUCGUGCCCGUGGUUUUGGUUUUGUUAUUUUUGCUGAUCCUUCUGUUGCCGAAAGCGUAGUCAAGGAGAAGCAUAUGAUUGAUGGUCGAACUGUAGAGGCAAAGAAGGCUGUGCCUAGAGAUGACCACCAGGUGAAUAGAAAUAGUGUAGGCAUGCAGUCUUCACCAGGUUCCAUUCGUACAAAGAAGAUAUUUGUGGGAGGUUUAGCAUCUUCAGUGACUGAGAGUGAUUUCAAGAAGUAUUUCGAUCAAUUUGGGACAAUCACAGAUGUUGUUGUGAUGUAUGACCAGAACACACAAAGGCAUAGGGGUUUUGGAUUUAUCACUUAUGACUCGGAGGAAGCAGUGGAUAAAGUUUUGUACAAAACAUUUCAUGAACUCAAUGGUAAAAUGGUUGAGGUAAAGCGAGCUGUUCCUAAGGAGUUAUCAUCUCCAGGGCAAAUCCGCAGUCCACUAGGAGUAUCUCUGUUUGGCUUGAACAGAAUGAACAAUCUCCUUAGCGGUUACACUCUAGGCUACAAUCCAACCACAAAUGGAAGUUAUGGAGUAACAAUGGAUAGAAUCAGUCCAACUGCUGUUGGUCGUAAUCAAUACUCUUCCUUUAGCCCCUCCGGCUAUUCUUUGGGAAUUUUGGAUUCAGCAUUGAGUUCAAAUUACAGGGGAGGCAGGAACUUUGGCUCUAACAUUGGGUAUGGACAUAUUUACAGUGGGAAUUCAACUAGGCUAAGUGAUCUAAUGGGAUAUACUUCUGGGAGGAUUGGAGGUAGCUCUAUGUUGAAUUGGAAUAUGUUGGAGAACGAAACUCUUCGUAACAAUGCAAAUUCUUCCACUUUUAAUGAUUCUGUUGGCUCAGGAAGUAGCAGUAUUGGAUUGUCUUCUGCCUUUGGAGGCUUUGGAACUAUUUGGGAUUUGCCCACUGUUCCAGAUCACCAUAAAAGGAAUAGCUCUUCUAGAAAUGACAUUAUCAACUACAAUAAUUCUGGGUUAGCAGGGUAUAGACCAUACAGUGGCAGCAUUAUUGGUGAAACAUCCACUCUUACGGGAAAAGAAGAUGUUCAUUCUGGAAGUCUUUAUGGAUCUGGAAGCGAUACGUCAUUCUUUGAAGACCAAACCUGGCAUUCAUUAUCAGCCGAUCGCGAGGGUUCGGGUUCUUUCCGCUACGGGCUUGGAAGUAUGGCUUCAGAUGUUGUUAUGCCUAAAAACUCACUUGAUUAUGCUGGUGCUUAUAGUAUUACAAAUAGAUCGAAUACAGGAAUUGCUGCGUAGGCAAAACAUUGUGGACUAUGGAUGCCAAGUGUUGAGUGCUUGAGCAUGGCCAAAGUUAUGCCUUCAUGCAAAAUUAUAGUUUUUACUAUUUUAAACUGGUAAAUACACUAGAGAGAUUUCAAGUGCCUUUCAUAAAACUUAUCUCAAGGAAUAUGUGCGAGGUAGUUUCGGAAUGGUAUGUGAGCAUAAAGUUUUUUUUUGUAGGAUUAUUUUCUUUUGCUCUAAUUAUGAGGUUCAGAUGUAAAAUUGGAUAGCAGAACACGCUUAAGAUUAUUGUACAAUGCACAACACAUCGAGUGGGAAAAGUAGAUUUAGUGAUUUUAAAUAUAUUUGUCUGAUAUUUUAUGUUGUAAAAGUUUCGAGAAAUGUUGCUUUAUCAUAAUAUAAAUGUACAUUGUCUUAUGAAAGGAAAAAAUCAUCGUUCAGUAAUACUUCGCUUUUAUUGUUGAAUAACAGCCUACAAAAAUGGCUUCAUCUUGCAUCUUGG